CUGGCUGUAAUUUGAGCGCCAGAGGCAAUACGGAUUUUGCAGAAACUGGCAGCCACGUCACCGCCACAGGUCUGACAAACUUUCCCAGCCCUUUGCAGACAGUGCUGCAGAGGAAUCCCUAUGCAUAAUAUCUAGAAUGAGCAUUUGUAGUGAUUUCCAAAGAACAAGAGGACAUAACAUUUGGGAACAUUGGAGUUAUUUGGUCUUUUUUGUUUUUUAGAGGAGUCUCAUUUUACAUACGUUAUUGUUUUGACAUCGCCUGAAGACUACAUUGAGGCCUCAUUCUUACAGACUUGUACCAAUAUUUCGACUCUUUCUUUUUGGAAUACCAAAACAGCACUAUGAAUAUCUUCCGUCUAGCCGGUGACGUGUCACAUAUCGUUGCUAUCAUCAUUCUAUUAGUGAAGAUAUGGAGGUCCAAAUCCUGUGCUGGUAUUUCUGGGAAGUCUCAGGUGCUUUUUGCAUUAGUCUUCACUACAAGAUACUUGGACCUGUUCACGAGCGUAAUCUCCAUCUACAACACAGUUAUGAAGGUGGUGUUCCUGGCUUUGGCAUAUGCCACUGUGUACCUGAUCUACAUGCGCUUCAGGAGCACCUUCGACUCAGAGAGUGACUCAUUCCGUGUUGAGUUCCUGCUUGUGCCUGUGGCUGGGCUUUCCUUCCUGGAAAACUAUGCAUUUGCCCCCCUGGAGAUCCUGUGGACCUUCUCCAUCUACUUGGAGUCGGUGGCCAUCUUGCCCCAGCUCUUCAUGAUCACCAAGACCGGCGAGGCAGAGUCCAUCACCACCCACUACCUGUUCUUCCUGGGUCUCUACCGAGCCCUGUACCUGGCCAACUGGGUGUGGCGCUACCACACCGAGGGCUUCUUUGACCAGAUUGCUGUGGUGUCCGGUGUGGUGCAGACGAUUUUCUACUGUGACUUCUUCUACCUUUACGUUACCAGGGUGCUCAGAGGAAGUGGAAAAAUGUCCCUGCCCAUGCCCAUCUAAAGAGAGUCAGUGCUGUUUUAAGCGACAGUUGAGCAGUUCAGUAACUGAAAGCACCUCUGCCCUCCAAUCAUACUUAGUAAUGGACUACAGUCUGCAGUGUCACAGUACCCCCUGUAUACCCUGGGGGGUAUAUACUGUACCCAGAGGGCAACCGUCGUGUUGUUGGUACCUGGUGUGUUUGUUGGUGUGCUUUUCCCUAGACUAAAAUGACCAAAGAACGAUGUCCUAUGUUUUUGUGCAUGAGUGUGUGGAACUGAAUAUUAAUGGGAAUUGAGUAAAUUGAAUACUGUGGGAAUUUUCUUUUUUCUAUUUUUCUUUUUCAUGGAGGCAGAUAUUGUCCCUCUUCAAUUAGUCCAAUGGAGUUUGUGCCUUAUUUUUCCUUUUCUAGUAAAUGGCAUAUUUUGAAUGUCUUAUUACAUCAAAAUGGUGUAAACAUUGUAUAUAUGUGAGACAUUUGUUCCGCUUUCCUGUCUUUUUACAAUUUCUACAUAUAACAGUGACCAACCUUCAAGGCUUACAUUGUUUCACCAAGCAGAGUUCAUUGGGAGUCUUGUAUUUAGGCUGCUAUGGGCGAUAUUUGCCAUCCUUGUCAAGAGUUGUGCUAUGUUCUUCCCUUUAUGAUAAUAAGUCCAUGGAGAUGCCACACAGAACGCGCUGUCAUGUAUGUAACUCUUAUAUCCGUUCACUUCUUGACUGAACCAAGGUUCUUCUUAAAUACGUUGUAUUCUGUACUUUGAUUUUACCAGUCAUUUCCAUUCCUUUAAUAUUAAUGCAUUUCAUUAAGUAAAACGAAUACACAUUUGUGUGAUGUCACA